AUAAUAAGUCCAGAAAACACGUUUCAAAUUUUCAAAACUUGUGUCGCUUCAGUAUUUAAAGAUCUCUGGUUAGCAAAAAACCCCAAGUCUGCAUCUGGAGAGUUUUGUGUUCCACUAGUUUGAAAUUUUUGACAUUUCGAGGUUAUGUUAAAAAAAUAUUAAACACAGUAAUUCUGGCGUAAAUUUAUUAAGACACUUUCGUCAAGGUCAAAAUGUCGAUUGUGGCCUACCGUGAGAAGUUUGCCCCCUUGAAGUCCCUCAAUAAUGUUAAAGACUGUAAACUGUGCCCACAUUUCACGUCAGUUUCUCUUCUAAUGAACCACUCAUUACCAGGACUUUUUAAUUGUGAAAACAAAAUAGAAAUUUAUCGUUGCAUAAAUUGUCACUUCCAAACGGAAUUGACGCUCCUGUUCAAAACACACAUCACUGAAUACCACAGAAUUAAACGAGAAAAUCUAGACAGACACACCAUUCAGAACUACGUUUGUAAAAAGUGCAGUUUUAAAACCAAUUUCUCGCUUAAAUGGCUUCAACAUGCAUUAACAUGUCUAGUAAACCCCGAUACAAAUACCGAAAUACCAAGCUACAAAUGUGAAAAAUGUGCAUACAAAGCUAAACGCCCCCUCUACUUAAAAAGACACCUCAAAACCCAACAUUUAAAAGACCAAGAUAUUAAAUGGCACCAGUGCCAUUUCUGUCAAUUUAAAACCAAAUACAAAUCAACCUUAAACACCCACAUCAAAGUGCGCCAUUUGGCCGACAAGGAUGCCAAAUGGUACGAAUGCAAAAAGUGCCCCUUUAAAACCAAGCAAAGCUACAGUUUAAAGCAGCAUACCAUCAGGCGUCACGUGGACGACAAAGACAUUAAAUGGUUCCAAUGCCAAAAGUGUCCCUACAAAUCUAAACAACACUCAAAUUUAAUAAGACACGUGAAAACGAUGCAUCUGGACGACCGGGACAUUAAAUGGCACGAAUGCCAAAAGUGCCAAUUUAAAAGCAAAUACAAAUCGGCUGUCAAAACUCACAUCGCAGCGCGCCAUUCAGACGAACAUGAUUGUAAAUGGCACGUGUGCACCGAGUGUCCAUUUAAAACCAAGUAUCAGUCAAACUUAAGAAAACACCUGAAUUUUCGACAUUUGGAUGACGGGAGUGUCAAAUGGUUCGAAUGUGACAAGUGUCAAUUUAAAAGUAAAUUUAAGUCGGUUUGGAAAAGUCACGCCGCACGUCAUCCGACGUAACUUGUCAUUGUAAUAGAGACAAUUUUUGAUUAAACGUGUUUUUACAA